GUUUCAAAAAAAAAAAGAUUUAUGUGGUUCAUUCUUCCAUACUUGUUGACAAACUCAACAAUUAUUAAGUUUUCUGUAGUAUUGCAUAACUUGAUAAAAAUAUUGAAAUUUGAUGAGACAAAAAAAUAUAAGAGUUGUAAGAAAUGAGUGAUGAAGCAACAUUAUCUCUGAUGGAUCUUCCAUCUCCAAUCUUGUUACGAAUUCUCUCUACAUUACCUCCUACCACACUAUUAUACGUCAAAACCCUCUCCAAAACUCUUCUAAACCUAACCUUAGAUUCCGAAUUUUUAAAGUUGUCACGUUCAUCAUCUCCAGCCAUCAUCAUCAUCCACCAAUUCAACUCUAAUAGGACCAACACCUUAAAGUUUUUGAAAUUCGUAGUCGAUUAUAACUUUGAUCAUGAUCCAAUUGGUGAUGUUGAUCUACAGCUUCACUUUCCUGUUGUUCAGUUUUUCCUUGUUGGAUCAGUUCAUGGUUUUGUUUGUUUUAAUUACUUUUUCGAUAGUGUUGACAGUAUUUACAUCCUCAAUCCAACAACAAGAGAAUAUAUCGUCCUUCGUGAGCCACAACGGGUAAGAAAGUGGCCUAAUAUAGUAAGGUAUGGCUUCGGUUUUGAUCCUGUUAAGUUAGAGUACAAAGUGGUUAGAAUCUAUCAAGAGGAAAUUCGCGAUGAUGAUACUAAUGGUUCUCGUUAUUACAAGUCUGAAGCUCAAGUUUACACAAUUGGGAAAGGGUAUUGGAGAAGUUGUGCAGGGCAUGUUAUGUUCUGGUUUGGAUGUUGGGUAGAGGGGGUGAAUUUAUAUGGAAAGAUUCAUUGGUUGGUUUAUGAUGCUAAUAGAAAUGAGUUAAUAUGUUCGUUUAAUUUGGAGAAUGAGUUGUUUGAAUCAUUCCCAACUGCUCCAGGUUACAAUAAGGAAAUUUGUCCAAAUCUACGAAGUUUGGGGGGUUUUGGUCGUUGUCUAUGUGUUUGUGAUAAUAAUGCAGAUACUCAUUUUGAGGUAUGGGUGAUGAAAGAAUACGGAGUUACCGAUUCAUGGGUUAAACAGAUUGUCAUAAACAUAACUCCUGAAUGCAACAAUUAUUGGUUGUGCUAUGAAAUGAUUAAUCUGGUGAUAGUUUUGGAUGACGGAGAAGUGUUGUUCUUGUGGCGCGAUGAUUUCUUGUUCUUGCACCAUCCUGUGAAGAACACAUUGAAAAGGGUUGAUGUCUGUGAUGGCAACUUUGUGGCAUCUGUGUAUGUAUCAAACUCUUUAUCUCUCAAAAAUUUUAAAGCAGAGGUUGUAAAUAUCUUUUAGAUAUCUUGUACUACUAGAGUAUUGUAUAUUUUUUUUUAUAUCCUUGGCUAACAAUAACAUACCAUCAUGUUAUUUGAGGGAAAAGUUGUUUGUACAAAUCUUCAA